CCGACACAUCGCAGAUAGUAGCUAGCCAGGUAUUGUCGAGUACUUCAGUCAUGGUAGAAUGGACUCAAGUACCGUCGGCGGACCGCUACUACCUGUUGGUGAUCUCUCAGGCCACCGGACAGACGUUCAACAUGACUUACACCAACUUCAGCACAGUGGUGCGAAACCUGCAUCCCUCCACCAACUACGACUGCUACGUCUACACGGUUAACAGCGCGGGUUUGGGAAGUAGAAGCAAAGUGAGGACCAUUACGACCUUGGUGGAACCUCCACUGAAUGUCAGGGCAAUACAGACUGGCCGGGGUACAGCGAGGAUAACGUGGGACCCGGUGAAGGACGUUCUGAUGUACCGAUGCGUGAUCCUGGACAUCGAUGAACCCAACAACAAGCCGUCUGUGUACAACGUCUCAGACACCAAGCUGGAUGUUCAUGGCAUCCUCCCAUGUUCCACCUAUCGGAUAUCAGUGUCCUCAUUCAACAAGUUCCUGGUGCCAAGCGAGUCCACUGACUACUUUUACACCACCAACAAGCUGACACCAGUUUCAUCGGUUACUGUGGACUACACCUGCACCACUCAGUCUGUCAUGGUGCAUUGGUCGGCCGUGUUCGGGGCCGACUCCUACAAAGCCACGGCGAUGAGCCAUAAUGGCACGGAGCUGACGUGCAGCAGCCAGACCACCAGCUGUCUGAUCACCGAACUGAGCUGUGGCGAGACCUACGUGGUCAACGUGACGCCCAUGUCAGAGAGCUGCAAGAACAUGUUGAACUCCACCUCGGCCACUUUUGAGACUGUUCCCUGUCCUCCCAAGAACCUGGAGUUGUUGCGAGAUUGUUCCAGUGAAGUCAUUGUUUUUUCCUGGGAACACACAAACAAUACCAAUUACUACAUUGCCAAGGCAGUGGACUCUCAGGGAAUGGUCCAGGAGUGUCUGACUGAAGACAACUCCUGUUACUUCACACACACAGUGUGUGGACGACACUAUCACUUCACAGUGUACUCCGUCACAGAGGGGUGCAGAAGCGGGAUUAGCUCUACUGUUGACAUUAGCACGGCACCCUGUAUUCCUCAGAAUCUGCAAACUGCAGCCGACUGCAGCACAGAUCUGCUGCUCAGCAAGUGGGACCACGCUGAAGGGGCUUUACGUUACACUGUGGAGGCCUUUGGCAACAGGGGAAACAACAGCAAAUACACCUGCAACACAACAUCCAACAGCUGUGCUAUAAGUGGCAUCCAUUGUGGAGAGUAUUUGACCAUUUACAUCACAGCUUUUGACGAUGAAUGUGCCAGCCCAAGGACACUCGGGCCCGUGGCUGACACAGUUCCAUGCAUGCCGAGGAACGUAUCGGCAGUGAAGGAAUGUGGAGGCGACUCCCUCACAAUGACCUGGCUCAGUGAAAGUGCGAUUUUCUACAUUGCCAUGGUGGUGGACAGUAACGGCGUCAUUCACAGCUGCAACUCCAUGGAUUUGACCUGUAUGAUCGAGGGCUUGACGUGCAGCACCAACUACACAGCGUACGUCAUUGCCUCCAACCUCAUGUGCAACAGCUCCAAGAGCGAGAUGAUCGCCGUAGAGACAGCUGCGUGUCCACCGGAUCGCGUCACUGCCUCCCUGGACUGUGCAGCCAACGAGGCUCUGAUUUCAUGGCGUGGCCAGAGCAGAGUGAACUCCUAUACUGCCACCAUCGUGGAUGAAAAUCAAGGACUUCUCAGCUGCAGCUCCACUAAUACCAGCUGCAGGGUACCCAACCUGAAAUGUGGCAAGCUCUACACUGUCACUGUCAGCUACCACGAUGGCAUGUGCCCCAGCACGGCUUCUGAGUCCAUCUACAUGAAGUCUGUUCCUUGUGGACCCAAGGUGAAUGCCAACUUAGAUUGUCAGUCCCGAGUACUGACCGUCGGCUGGAACGGGUCGAGCAGCGCAGAAGGCUACAUAACUGUGAUCUCAAACAGCAGCAGGCAAAUGUCCUAUAAUACCACAGAGCCGAAGCUGAGGAUCAGCACACUGGAGUGUGGACUUGAUUACACACUCAAAGUGAUGUCCUUCAAUGGCACCUGUGUCAGUCGACCCUCAGUGUUACCUGUCUGGAAAACACCAUGUGUGCCCACUAAUGUUGUGGUGAGGAGAAACUGUGGCCAGAAUUUUACACAAGUGACUUGGAAACCAAGCCUUGGUGCCCUAUCCUACCAAGCAGCUGCAAGGAAUCAGGAUGGCCUGCGCUUGCUGUGCUCUUCCAAUGAAACGUCAUGCAGGCUGGAGGGCCUAACGUGCAGCCAGGUUUACAGUGUCAGGGUGAUUGCCAGGGGCGACAACUGCACCAGCAAUGAGAGCUCUGCGAGCAUACUACAGACAGCACCCUGCCCACCUUCUCAGCUCAACGCCUCAGUGAACUGUGCUGAUAAUUCUGCCAUGUUGACCUGGAGCAGCAGCCGCAAUGCAGUGUUCUACACUGGCAAGGCAGUGAGUGCAGGCGGACACACUGUGACCUGUGACGCAAGAAUGAACCUCGGUUGCCAAUUGAAUGGUCUGCAAUGUGGCAAGAAGUACACCUUCACUGUGUCAGCCUCCGAUGGCGUCUGUCAAAGUCCCGACAGCAAGCCGGUCAUGCAUACAACUGCCCCAUGUGCUGUUCAAAGUGUGCUGAACACCUUGAACUGUAGCACCAACGUACUAACCAUCAGCUGGGCGCCUGGAUCCCUCCCAGUAAACUACACCGCCACCGCCAUGGCCACAGAUGGAACUGCACUUCGCUGCACGACAGACAAUUUAAGUUGUAUGCUGACUAAUUUACAGUGUGGACAGCAGUACACUGUGACAGUCAAAGCCACCAGCAGCACAUGUAAAGGAAACAGCAGUGUCCCGGAAAUAGUUAAUUCUGUUCCUUGCGUUCCUGUGAAUGUCAACGGCAUUGUGGAGUGUUCCACUAACACGUUGAUGGCGUCCUGGGAUGCAGCAGCCGGCGCAGAAUCCUACAUCUCCAUGUUGACGGGAGCAGGAGGUUUCUCUACUUCCUGCACUUCAGCUAACCAAAGCUGCCUCUUCUCCAGCCUGCAGUGCGCUCAGACGUACAUGUUAAGUGUGGUGGCAGUAAACGACAGGUGUAACAGCUCUAACAGUGCCAUGAUCUCAGCGAAAACCGCACCCUGUGACCCUACAAAUGUGACUGCUGCCCAGCACUGCCUUUCUGGCAUCGUGACGGUGACUUGGGGGGCCAGUGCUGGAGGAAAUUAUUACACAGUCCUCGCCGAGGCCAAAGGACGCGUCGACACCUGUAAUUCCUUCAGCACGUCCUGUGAGCUGACCAAGCUGCAGUGUGGGGAGGACUACACAGUGACUGUACUGGCAGGGGACAGGAACUGCAACAGCUCCAUACUCACCAAAACCAAUAUGACAACAGCCCCCUGCGCUCCAGUGAUCCAGAACCACUCUCUGGACUGUCUCUCCAACCACGCCUUGGUCACCUGGGUUAAGGAUGAGGAUGCGAUGAACGUCAUGGUCAACGCAACCUCCAGUAAGGGACACUCGACAUCCUGCAGCUCUGCCACCAACAGCAGUUGUGUCCUGAAUGAACUAAAGUGUGGAAACACCUACACCGUCCAGGCUGUUGCACAAGGAGUCCACUGUUUGAGCAGACCCAGCUCUUCUUUUCAGAUUGUCACCGCGCCCUGUACCCCUGCUAACGUGGAGUACACAUACUCUUGUGAUACUGGCAUCGCCUUCCUGAGCUGGGACGAGACUUUGGGAAGAAAUAGUUUCUACGCCUACGUCCAGUCUGGAGACCACAUGGCCUCCUGCAGCACCAGCCAGACCGACUGCGCUCUGCCCUCACUGCUCUGUGGCCGCAUGUACGAUGUGAAUGUGAUAGGUGUGGCUGACCACUGCAACAGCAGUGUACCUGGAGUAGCACAGAUACAGACAGCCCCCUGUGCUCCUGUGAAUGUCAGUGCCUCCCUGGUGUGCGUCAACAACACAGCUGCAGUGAGCUGGCAGCCGAGUGCCGGUGCAGUUUCCUACAAAGUGAUGGCGCACGGCAGAGAUGGGGAUGUCAAACAGUGCACCACAAACGACACAAGUUGUUUCCUACCCAACAUGCACUGCGCCGAGACCUAUGUGAUCACCGUCACCCCCUUCUCUAAUCGCUGCAAGGGCUUCACCAGCUAUCCACUCUCUUAUAUUGCAGGUCCCUGUCCUCCCACUGAUGUUCACGUGUCCCUGCAGUGCACCGGUAAUGUGGGCCAUGUGACCUGGACUGCUGCCCUUCAGGCAGAUCUCUAUGUGGCCACAGCCGUGGAUGACCACAUCCACACCUGCUCCUCCAAUGGGACAAGCUGCUCCUUCACAGACUUCCUCUGUGGCGAGACGGCUGCCGUCACGGUGGUGACCAUCGAGAGGGACUGCAUGAGCAAACCCAGCCUGCCUUUCACUUUCCAGUCAGUCAUCUGCCCCCCGACCAGCGUGACCGGAGUGACGACUUGUGGGAACAAUGACAUCAAAGUAAGCUGGGACCCGAGUCCAGAAAGUGGUGCCAGCUACUUCAUCCACUCUAAGGAAGAUGACGGGGCCGCAGCCAACUACUCCACAACUCAGACGUCUCAUGUGAUCACCGGGCUGCAGUGUGGCGAGUUGUACAGGCUGACAGUCGCUGCCAUGGACACCGAGUGCUCCAGCAUCUUCAGCGAGCCAAUACAAACUGAAACAGCUCCGUGUCCUCCAACCAACUUGACUGCCAGAGCCGAUUGUGGCACCAACAUGGGAACACUGAACUGGAUGGAGAGUACCCACGCUAUCUCCUACACAGCAACAGUGACUGGUACCCACGGCCAUGUUGUUUCCUGUUCUUCAAACACAACAACCUGCUCGGUGAAGCUGGAAUGCGGACACCAGUACACAGCGGUUGUGAUCGCUUCUAGUGCGACAUGCAACAGCAGCACGGGAGCAUCCUUGACUUUCGACUCAGCUCCAUGUCUGCCUGACAGGGUGGUAGCAGACCUGGACUGCAAUCUCAACUCCUUUGCGGUACAGUGGAGGGGGAGCAUCGGCGACCUCGACUCUUACACUGCGAUCGCCAUUGGCAGUGACUCCUCCCGUGAAACCUGUAACUCCGCUACCACAAACUGCACCAUCCAGAACCUGAAAUGUGGCCUCAGCUACAGCAUCGUCGUCACUACAUCAUCAGUCGACUGUGGCACCAUCAAUGGCUCCGACUACACAGUGCAGUCAGCCCCCUGUAAACCAGACGGGGUGAUGGUGGAUCUGCAGUGCAGCACUAACCAAGCAUCAGUGACCUGGGGUAACUCAGGGCCAGACCAGACCCAGGUGGUGUCAGCGGUGGACAGCAGAGGAAUGAUCACCACCUGCAACUCCAGCAGCACCAACUGCACCUUCGACCAGCUGUCCUGCGGGGAGCGCUACACCAUCAGUGUGGUCGGCCACACAGAGACAUGCAGCAGUCAGUCAGCUGUUGCAGCAAUGCUCAACACAGCUCCGUGUGUUCCCACCCACCUCACAGCACGUGUGGACUGCGACACUAGUAUCACUGGGGUUACAUGGGACGCUGCACGUGGUGCCACGUCUUACACCGUGUAUGCUCGGGGAAAUCUUGGCCACAACGCUGAAUGUAACAACACUGACACCAACUGUAAUUUCUAUAACCUGGCGUGUGGGCAAGACUACAACAUUACAGUGGUGGCUCGCCAUGAUUCCUGCGUCAGUUUGAUCAGCGAGAGCAUCAUCGCCACCACAGUUCCUUGUCCCAGCAGUGGUCUGCAGACUGACCUGGACUGUGACACCAACACGGCUUUGGUGUCUUGGACGCCCGGCAGAGGCAUCCUCUACUACAACGCCUCAGCCGAUGCCUUUGCCAUAGUGCACCGGCAGACCUGCUCCAGCAAUGGCUCCUCCUGCAACAUCAGCUCUCUGCGCUGUGGGGAGAGCUACAGGCUGAGCGUCAGUGGACGGGGACAGAACUGCCCCAGUUCUUCCCAGGAGUGGCACAGAAUCACCACUGCUCCCUGCCCUCCAACCCAGCUGAUGGUCAACUCUUCCUGUGACUCGAACAACAUCUCGGUGUCGUGGCAAGCCUCGCAGGGCUCAUUCUCCUACAUGGCCGUGGCUGAGAAUGCAGAGGGCCGCCAGUGGUCCUGUAACACCAGCAGCACCACCUGCCAGAUAUCUGGUCUGCUCUGUGGACAGCAGUACCAGGUCUACGCUGCUGGUGUUGAUGACCAGUGCAUUGGAGCAAAGAGUAACAUUAAAAUAAUUCAAACGGCCCCGUGUGUGCCACAGAACAUACAGAACGACCUCGACUGUCUGUCUGGGGUCCUUAAUGUCACCUGGCAGUCAACUGGCCACUUUGUUCAGUUCCGCACCUCCGUGGUGAGCAGCAAAGGUCACGUCAACAUCUGUGAGACGAAUAAGCAUCACUGCGUCGUACGCAACAUGCAGUGCGGUCUGACCUACAACGUUACAGUGGUGGCCCAAGAUGAGGCCUGCAACAGCUCCUGCAGCCCCACAAAGCAGGUUCUUACAGCCCCCUGUCCUCUCAAGACCUUCUAUCCCAAUGUCAACUGUACCACUGGUAUUGUAUCUGUAACCUGGAACACCAGUGUGGCGGGGGUUGUGCACACGGUGUCAGCGGUCGACGCCGCAGGUCAGCGACACAACUGCACCGGCACAAACAGCGGCUGUGACCUCAGCACACUGGAGUGCGGGAUGAAGUACAACGUCUCUGUCACACCAUCCUUGAACGGAUGUGUGGGCAGAGACAGUCACACAGAAAUGAUCACAACAGUUCCCUGUGUGCCUCACCUGUCCGAAGUGGAGAUCGACUGCCUGACAAACUCAGCCUGGGUGAUCUUUGAGCAGUCUGCCGGGGCUGAGGACUACAUCGUCAUGGCAACAGACAGCCAGGGUAACGUCCAGAUGUUUGAGUGUAAUUCCACUUCAGAUGAGAUGUGCAGUGUGCCGCCGCUGAUGUGCAGCCAAAACUUCACCUUCACCAUCAAGGCCCUCGACCAGCAGUGCUCCAGUGCACCCAGCAAUGCCAUCACAUCUGAGACAGCUCCCUGUCCUCCUGAGAAUGUAGAGAAAUCAGUGGGAUGCGAUAAUCACACGGCCAGCAUCUCCUGGUCAGCCGUUCCCGGGGCAGUGACGUACACGGCCACGCUGGAGCAGAUAAACGGAGGCACCACCUGCUGCACCACAUCGGACACCGGCUGUGAUAUCACCGAUCUGCCGUGUGGCGAAAUGUACAUCCUGCUCGUCAUGGCUGAGGGACGAACGUGCAACAGCUCCGAGACUGAAGGGCAGUUUGUCAGGACAGCGCCAUGCGUUCCUCAGAACCUCGAGGCCAGUUUAAGCUGCAGCAACAACGUGGCCUCAAUGUCGUGGAACUACAACAGGGGAGCCGGACAGCUUUACCGAGUGAGCGCUGUGGGUACCGAUGGCCAUGUGGACGAGUGCAGCUCCCACGAGAACCAUUGUGAUCUGACAGGUCUGCGCUGUGGGCAGUAUUACACAGCUACUGUGCUGGCAGAGGACAGAGACUGCAUGAGCAAACCAAGUGAUAGUGUGACAAUCAAGACUGUGCCGUGCACCCCUGCAAACGUCUCCUCUGUGGUGGACUGUGAGGCCAAUUCUCUGAUUGUAUCCUGGUCUGAGAGUUCAGGAGCCGACUCCUACAUCGCCACAGUGCAGGACAGUAACAGUCAGACCACAACCUGCCAGGGCACGACUGAGGGCUCCUGCAAUGUGACAGGAAUCAGCUGCGGCCAGCUCUACCAUGUCUCCGUGGUCUCCUCUGAUGGAUACUGCGACAGCCCAUCCACUCCUGUGGUUGACACACCUUCAGUUCCCUGUAAGCCGAGACAUAUCAAGGCAGUGAUUGACUGCUACACGCAGACAGCCCUGGUGGGGUGGUUCCCAAGUGACGGAGCUUUGAUGUACAUGGUCACGGCCACCACUGCGUCAGGCCACAAUGUCACCUGUAAGGUCAACACCUCCAACUGUGAUCUGGAAGGGAUGCUUUGUGGCCAGAGCUACUCUGUCUCUGUCAAAGCUGUGGGAGAGAGUUGCAGCAGCAUCGCUUACAUGACAAAACAAUUGGUCACUGAGCCUUGCAUACCCGAACACAUCACCACUCAGUACAGCUUGACGAUCGGCCAGGUGCAGUGGGACAUGACUGCCGGUGCUGACUACUACACAGUCGAAGGGGUAACAGAGCAGGGCCUGAUGGUCUCCUGCAUCACCAACGACACCUACUGCCCCAUGUAUAAUAUGGUCUGUGGCCAGAUAUACGGCAUCAAUGUCAUCGCACACAACAGCGUGUGCAAAGACUUGUCGGUCUCGACCGAAACAGUUACAAUUAUGACAGAGCCUUGCCCUCCAAACAACGUGCAGACCACUGUGCAGUGUGAUAACGACACGGGAACUGUGUCGUGGGAGUCCAGUUUUGGUGCGGUGGGCUACAAGGCCAGUCUCGCUGGGCGCGACGGUCACGCUCUGUCCUGCUACACUAACAACACUUUCUGUAACGUAGAAGGCCUCCACUGCGGGACUAUCUACUACACCAACGUCAUUGCCAUCGGAGAGACGCUCAACAGUAGCACCUCUACUAGCGUCCUGCUGACCUCAGCUCCCUGUAUGGCUGAAAAUGUGGUAGCUAAUCUGGAUUGCUACAACAACACAGCCGAAGUCUCCUGGAGUUUUGCCACAGGAGCAGACUCCUACAUGGUGACUGCUGUAGGAGCGGAUGGCAGCUGGGCUUCAUGUGAGACGGAUGGGCAGCAGUGUGAUUUGACGGAGCUGCAGUGUGGUCAGAUGUAUAACGUCAGCCUCACAACCAUCAGUGACCACUGCCAGACUGAGACACACACUAACGCCACCUUCAGCACACGGCCCUGUACACCUUUGCGUGUCGGAGUGGACCUGCAGUGUGGGCUGAAUACGGCCAACAUGUACUGGGAGGAGGGAGAGGGAGUGGAGCUCUACAUGGCAACUGCCACCGACAGCAUGGGAAUGACUCUGCAGUGCAACUCCACCAACUCCACCUGCCAGUUCCCCAACUUACGCUGCGGGGAAACCUACGAAUUCUCUGUAACUGCGUACAGUAACAUGUGCUACAGUGACAUCAGCAGCAGUGCAGAGGUUCAGACAGACCCGUGCCAGCCGACUGGCCUCGCAGUCAGUGGGUCAUGUGACAAUGAGACAGUGGUGUUGGAUUGGUCGGCGGCCGAUGGGGCAUCACUCUACAUGGUGACAGCCACAGGAGACCUGGGAUAUGUCACAUCUUUCCGAACCGAUGAGACAACUAUAGAGGCUGAGCUGCCAUGUGGACAAGUAUUUACCUUCACUGUAAAAGCUCUAGACGAUCGCUGUGAAAGCCCUGUGAGCCUGCCUGCAGUAUUCAAGACAGGUCCCUGCGUGCCUGUACAUGUAAGGAGCUUUACACACUGUGAGAACAACCUGGGCUCAGUCAGCUGGGCCAAGAGCGAUGGGGCGGAGUCCUACAUGGCCAUCGCGGUGGGACUAGACGGCCACACCCACAUGUGCACCACAAACACCACCAUCUGCUCCUGGGACGACCUGCACUGUGGCGAGCAGUACACCAUUCACAUCAUUGCCAACGACUACCUGUGCAGCAGCAUGCCGAGCAACAGCACUUCAAUACGAAUGGCACCUUGUAUCCCUCAGAACUUGAAAUCAUCUCUGAACUGCUCUACAAAGGUGGGAUCGCUGACCUGGAAUGCCAGUGAAACUGCUGAGUUUUACAUUGUGACGGCAGAGACCAACAGUGGCCACAAAGUGCAGCUCAGCACCAACGACACCUGGACUUUCAUUUCUGAGUUCCUGUGUGGCCAGGAGUACUUCCUGUCUGUUCAGGCGGCCGACUCUGUGUGCACAAGCCGCCCCAGUAAUCCUUCAAAGCUUGAGUCAGUGCCCUGCCCGCCCACCGGCGUGUCCAGCUUCAUGAACUGCCUCUCUAACAUUGCUGUGGUUUCGUGGACCGGUUCUGCUGGAGCAGACUUCUACACCGCCACAGUGACUCAGGAAGACGGCCAAUCAAAAAGCUGCUGGUCUGACAGCGAGCAGUGCGGCAUGCCUAAUCUCCACUGUGGGCAGAACUACACAGUGACGGUCGUCGCCUCAAACGAGAAGUGUGACUCUGACCCCAGUGAGGCCAACACACUGCAGUCAGUGCCUUGUGUUCCUACCGACGUGGUUGUGAACAUAGACUGUGCUACAAAUCAGUCUGUCGUGGCCUGGAGUGCCAGCGAGGGCGCUUUGUCCUACAAAGUGUCAGCUCAGAACACGCAGGGAGACCUGUCCCUCUGUGAGAGUACAGACCUAAUGUGUACCUUGACCAACUUGACCUGCGGCCAGUCCUACUCUGUCCAGGUGGUGGCGGAGGAUGAUAUUUGCUCAAGUUUACCCAGCCCUGCUAUCAAGUUCAAAUCAGUUCCAUGCAUACCUGACAUUGGUUCAGUGGUUCUGGACUGCUUCACCAACUCUGCGAUCUUGGAUUGGGCCUUUGCUGAUGGUGCCCUGAGUUACACCGCAACAGGCCGGGCCUCUAGCGGCCAUGUCGUCACCUGCAGCUCCAACUUCACCAACUGCGAGCUGCAGGACCUGCAGUGUGGCCAGACCUAUAAUGUGAAAACUGUGGCCUCAAAUGAGAACUGCAGCAGCCUUCCAAGCACCAGUUUGCAGGUGGAGUCAGUGCCUUGUCCCCCCGAAGAUGUUGAACCUGUGCUGGACUGCUCUACCAACACAGCCCGCAUAGAGUGGCAGGCCAGCAUGGGGGCUGAUUCCUACAUUGUCCAAGCCUUCGGUGUACAAGAACACGAAUCCGGCUGCGAGACAGACUCACAGUCCUGCGUCCUCCCAGACCUCAUGUGUGGCUUCACCUACAACAUCAGUGUGAUUGCUGUUAACAGCAUGUGCAAUGUCUCGCAGAGCAGUAUUACACAGCUGCAUGCAGUGCCGUGUGUACCACAGCAGGUGGAGGCCCAGGUGGUUUGUGAGUCUGGUGCUGUGGCGGUCUCUUGGGAGCCCAGCAAAGGGGCAUUAUCGUACACCACAGUUGCCCAGGGCAACGGCGGGUACGCAUCAACGUGCAACAGCAGUGACACAACGUGCCAGUUUGAUGACUUGCUGUGUGGCCUCAACUACUCCAUCACUGUUAGUGCUUUAAAUGAGCAGUGUAGCAGCGCUGAAAGCUCUGCUGUGGAGCUCAACACAGUGCCGUGCGUACCACAGAACGUAACAGCAGAGAUGGUGUGCAGUAGUGACACAGGCGUUGUGUCGUGGGAGGAAGGAGACGCUGUGUCCUCAUACAUGGUCCAAGCUUUCGGGCCCGAUGGUCACAAGGCCAUGUGUAACAGCACCGAAACCAGUUGCCAGCUACCCAACAUGCAUUGUGGCCAGCUCUACAACCUGACACUGACAGCUGAGGAUGGACGGUGUGACAACAGCCACGCCUACCUCAACCUGCAGUCAGUGCCUUGCAGGCCAACCAACGUUAAGGCGUCCCUACUGUGCCACUCAAACUCUGCUGCAGUGACAUGGGAGCAGGCCAGUGGAGCUCUCUCCUAUCGUGCAGUGGGUGUUACAGCCGACGGAAACCACCAGACUGAAUGUAACAACACCAUGACCCACUGUGAUCUGAGCAACAUGCAGUGUGGACAGACCUACAAUGUGAGCGUGUUCGGUCAGGAUGAGUCCUGUUCCAGUGUGGAGAGCGAUAAGGCUUACGUGCGGACAGCCCCCUGUCCGCCCCACCAUGUGACUGUUGAUUCACAGUGUGCUGAUGGUGUCAUGGCCGUGUCCUGGUCCCCCAACCCAGAUGCCCAGUACUUCCAUGUGGCCGCAGUGAGCAACACCGGGGCGAGACUCUACUGUAACUCCAGUGGCACCACCUGCUCCAUAAGCAAUCUACCAUGUGGACAGACCUACAACGUUACUGUGAUGUCUGUGAGAGAUAGAUGUGAGAGUAAGCUGAGUGCUGUCGUAGAGACCUCCUCAGCUCCAUGUGUGCCCAGGAACCCCGAAGGCCAUCUGGACUGUGUAACAAACUCUGCCUGGGUGACGUGGGACACGUCAGAAGGAGCCCUCAGCUACUCUGUGCUGGCUGAAGGUGUCGGAGGUCACAACUCCAGCUGCACUACCGGCUCCUCUCCCUGCAAUGUUCCAGAUCUGAAAUGUGCAACGCUCUACACCUUUCACGUCACUGCUGUCAACAAAUACUGCCAGAGCAAUCAGAGCACCACCUUUGAGCUUCAGACAGGUCCGUGUGCUCUAACAUCCAUUAGUGCAAUGACACAAUGCAACAGCGACACAAUCCUGGUUGAAUGGGAGAUGAUGGACAACACCCCCCUCUACCUGGUGACUGGUGAGGGCGACGACCAAAAGCUCAUCUCGUGUAACAGCUCGUCCACCUCAUGUGAACUCCAGGAUGCCCUCUGUGACAUGCAUUACAGCAUCAUAGUAUCGACUUCUUCUGAUAAGUGCAGCAAUCUCAGAAGCCCACCAAAGAAGAUUAAAACAGCGCCCUGUGUCCCAGACAAUGUGACAGUGGUACCUUCAUGUGAGGAUAGAGGAGCCACAGUGACGUGGCGACACUCCCCUGUGGCUACAUCCUAUCUACUGAUGGCCACAGGAAUGGAUGGACAUGUGGCGAGCUGCAACACCUUGGUGAACAACUGCACCCUGACUGAUCUGCACUGUGGACAGCACUACAAUCUAACUAUCACCGCCACUGGAGAGAAUUGCACCAGCCCGCCCAGCAUCUCAUCCUUCAGAACAGUGCCCUGUGAGCCCACCGGUGUCGCAGUGGUCAUUGAUUGUGAGACCGAGUCUGCCAUGCUGUCUUGGAAUGCCAUUGAUGGGGCCGUGGAGUACUUUGGCUGCGCCCAAUCUAUGGAUGGAGACGCGCUCUACUGUAACAGCACUGACACCUUCUGCACCAUCGAAGGCCUGGAAUGUGGUGACAUUUACAAUUUCUCUGUUGAAGCCUCUAACGGCGUCUGCAACAGCUCGUUCAGUGCACCUCUGCAGGCGGGAGCAGCUCCAUGCCCUCCGACUGCUCUGAACGUCAGAAUGCAGAAGAUAGACCAAAAUCACUGGGCCAUGAUAACAUGGGACAGCGUCAAUUGUUCUGAUGUUCAGUACCUUGUAGAGAUAACCGGUCACAUCCAAAACAACCCACAGACCAUGAUGGAGUUCUCUUCCUACUGGUGGCCCAGGAGAUACUUUGAGUUCCCAAUGCCUUGCAGCACAGCUUAUAACCUUACUGUGCGCGCCAGAAACUCAGCUGGGAUCAGCGAGCCGUCCAGUGUCUUUACUGGAGUCACAGUCCCCUGUGCUCCACAGAAUGUGAAAUACACUGGUAACAGAGCAUCUGCUGUGCUUUCCUGGGAUGCAUCUGUGUUUGCCAUGACGUACACUGUCUACAAUGGGUCGGGGGCAGGCCGUGUUGAGCUUUGCAGCACCACUGGGCUCUCCUGCCAGCUGACUAACUUCGAUCCUGGUGCCACUGAAGUGACAGCCAGCAAUGCAGAGGGAGAGAGUCUCCCUAGCCGAAAUAUUACAGGUCCAGUACGAUCUCGCAGAAGAAGAGAUUUGAGGGCCACUGAAGUCUUUUCCCGUUUAGACAGAGGUCUUGAAGCCCCAGAAGGACUGAAUGUAACAGUAAGUGGAGUUUCCCUGUUUGUGGGAUGGAAGACAGUGAGGGAUGCAACUGAGUACACGCUUGUGAUUGAGGAGGAACAGCAGGCCAAUCAGCCUCCUAGAGUGAGAAACGUGGAAGGUAAUUUUUACAUAGAGACUGACCUCAAGCCCUGGACCACCUACUGCAUCAGGCUGGCAGCCAUAAACGCCAUCAACCAAAGCAACUACUCCAUGCCGAUGUGCACAACCACUGGUGCCUCCUAAUGAAACACCACAGAUCCACUUAAAUAGACACUGGACUCAGCAGAAAUUCCACCAUAUGGGUUAUAUGUUUAUCUUCUUCACUCUGUAGCAUCCAUAACAGAAUUGUUACCGGCUCAAUCUCGAAGAACUUUAGGAGGAAAACUGUAAAAAGAAAGUAAUUAAAACGACAAAGCUAUGACAAAAUUCUUCUGUUUGGGGUACGUCUUACAUGUGACGAAUAAAUUAUGAUCAGACCUGAGGAGAACCUUUAGAUUUGAAUUCUUAUGAAUCUUUGUUAGCAAUAGCGUAUAUACAUUUUCAUAAUUGUGGCUGGUAUCAUAGCAGCAUGUGGCAUGAAAUUAUAUUUAUCAAAAAUGGUUUUAUUUUUGAGGUUAUUAGAUUCUCUGGAUGAUUGUUAAACUAAAAAUGUAGUGUAAACAAAUAAACAGAUAAUUUAUCAAGCAAUAUUUUUAAAACCAUGCAGUAUAUUUUCUUUAUGAUGUACCAUGUGACUUCUCAUUUUGUGAACAGAUCUUUUUUUAAACAAUCCCAGAAAGGAAGGAAUAAAAGAAACUCUGUGAAACAUUAAAACAACCCUCUGUGAAAACUUAA